ACAGAUAACUUGAAAACAAAAUAAAAUAAAUUAUAAACAAAUUAAAUAAAACAAAAGCUGACAAGUUUCUUUAAACAGCAGAACAUAAUUCAAAUACAAAAUAAAAAUUAACACAGUAUUUAAUUAAAAAAAUACAAAAAGAAAUCACUGAAAUUAUCUUAAAGAUAAUAAAGAGAGGAACAAACAAAAAAAGUAAACAAAUGUCGUUCAAAAGAAGAUAACAGACAAAUAUAUUAUAAAUAAGUGUAAAAUAAAUCUUUUUUGUGUUAAAGUGUAAAAUAAACAAACCCUAAAAACAGCAAAAAAUUAGGCAGCAGAAAAAAUCGCUUGAAAACCAAGAAAGAAAAAACACCGUUAAAAAACAUAAUAAUUCCCCCGCCCUAUACUCACACAUUAAACCAAACCAAUGGCCACAAAUUGCGAAUAUAUUGAGGAAAAUUUAAAGCAACAGCAAAAAUGUGGCAUUUCCAAAUCGGCCUCCUUAUCGAGUAUGACACACGAGGAGAAACAGGAUAGCACCGAGAAAUCCCCUAGUAAAUCCUCAUUUUCCGAUACCUCCUCGGAAGUGGGCAGUACUAGUGGUGGUGGAGGAGGUGGUAGUGGGCAGAGCCCCAGUACUUUGCAAAAAUCUAAAAAAUUACAAAAUAAUGGACAUUUACCCAUUGUACCCUCCAUAGGAGAUUGUGUUUUUGAACAUGCUUUUGAAAAGUCUAUGGAUGAUUUGGAACAUGGUGGCAAUGAUGGCUAUGAAACCGAUUCGGAGACUUCAUUGAAUGGAGAUCAUGAAGAAGAACCGUUUAAAGAAUUAACCAGCAGUAACAGUGAAAAUUUAACCUGUUCUACUGGUUUAGGUUCGGGUCCUCUAAGAACCUUUCCCAAAUCGAAUUCUUUUGAAUAUCACAGCAGUAGUACCGAUUCGGAUGAAGAUGCUGAGGAUGGUAUUAUUCAUGCGGCCAUAAAUAUGUCUCCGAAAUUCUGUAAUUCUGAUAUAUUUCAAAUGCGUCCUUACCUCAUGCCUUUUAUAGAGCGCAGACGUUUGUCUCAGUGCAAAGAGGAGGAGGAUGAAGAUGAGGCUGAUAAAUCACCACAACCCCAGGGGGAUCAACCUCCCAAAUAUGAAAAGGCUAUACCUGCUCCCCCACCACCGCCACCUGCUAAAGACAAAGCCUCAGCUGAGAAAUUUAAAGAUUUGGAGCGUUUAAGGCAACAAUUUAUGCAUAAAAUUGAUAGUAUCAAUACCAGCAAUGUGGAUGAUAUUAAAACGGUGACUGUUACCCCGGAAAUGUCUUCCCCACCGCCUCCACCGCCCAUACCACCCACUAUAUUACCACCAGCCUUAAUAAAUCUACUCGAAUCGGCCAAAUCCACCACAUCCGCGAAAACAGCAACAACUACUGCUUCCUCUAUACCAACCACCCCUGUUAAUACCAGCAAACAGCAACCACGUUCCCCUAGUCCUGAGACCCUUAUUAUCAAGGGAAAAUUUACAGUAACCAAAGCCCAAGAAACACCCGAACUACAACAAUUACGUAAUGAAGCCGAUAAACUUAAACAUUUAGACUCGUCCGCCAAUGCCCACACCAUCAGUUUUCCCAGCAGUUUUGGUGGUUAUUCCUCCGUGCAGGGUCUAUUCUCUCAACGCUAUGGCAGUAAUAAAUAUUCGCCAGUUACCCCCCAUUUAUCUAAGAAAUUCUUUGAUUCUUCUCUCGUCGAAAUACGUACACCCACCGAAAGUACUUCGUCGCUAAAUAAAUUAAAUUUAGAUGCGGCCUCUAAAACGGGGACUAACUGUGAUAAUAGUAUUAAUAUCUCUGCCACUCCACCUGCAACAAGAACCACCUCAGGUACAUUGGUUCCCGGUAAGAAGCCCGAAUAUCGUGAGUAUCCUCAUUUGGAUGAUGUUUGGAUAAAGAGAUCUUCGGAUUCGACACCAACUUCGUCUAUCACUUCGGCCACUAGCAGCACUUUACCAAAGAAACAGUACUAUACCACAGAUGAGAGUGCGGCUGAGAGUGGUCUUACUACGGCUGUUCAAUCGGAAGAUGAACAAGAUGCUAAAUUACCCACAUCCAGACCGUCAAGUGCACCCGCAGAACCAAAUGCCAAAGCAGCUCGCAAAGCAUCCAAAAAGAUGAAAGAAGAAGCCAGACGCCAAGAAAAAGAAGCUAGUCGCCGCGAAAAGGAAGCACGCAAAAUCGAACGUGAAACCGCAAGACGUCUCGAACGCGAAGCGGCCAAAUUGGAAAAACUCAAUCGUAAUGCAGAGAAAAUCUCACGCAGUACUGAACGUGUUAGCGGUCCUACACCACGUUCCGGUUCGCUCGAGCGUCGACGCAGUGGCGAUGAAUCGCCCGUACUCAAUCAGUCUACCGUACACGGUAUUGCUAGUCCUAAUCGUAGACCCACAAUUUUCGAUGUAUUUCGUCAGCGUGGUAAAUCCGAUGCGAAAAAACAGAAAAUGCUAUUGGAUCCUUUGUCGGCUGCUGCAGCAGCAUCGGGCAAUGAAAUGGGCAGUGCCAGUAGUACACACUCAUCAUCGGGUGUGGGCGGUGGAGGAGGUGGUGCCGGCGGUGGCGGUACUGGUGUUAUGAAUUCCAUGAAAGUAGCUUUACAAAAUUCCGGCCUUAUUGGUGGCGGCCAUCAUCAGAAGCAGCAGCAACAGCAUCCCGCAGUAACGAUAACAACGGCCGAGGGUACGUCGGUGAAGAAUAAGUACAAAGAUGGUUCGGCACAUCCGCAUCAGGGCAGUGAUGCUCAUUAUUAUCAUACAGUUACGGCUGUGCGUAGAGCCGAUGCUUCCCGUUCGCCCAUGACCAAAGUGAUGGAUUUGUUUAGACAUCGUUCAAAUUCUGCAGCCACAGAAGCUGAUAAACGUAAAGCGCGUGCAGCGGCGCAUCAACAACAGCUGGCAGUACAAAGUGAGUAAUUUUUUUUCAUCAUUUUAUAAAAUCUUAUUUUUGAAACAAUGUGCAAGUACCAAUUUAAAUUUUAACAUUUUUAGGGAAACUUUUACAGUUACUGUUUUUGAACG